AUGGAAACGGUUUUUAGAUUAAAUAAGGAACAAGAUAAUAAUUCAUCAAAUCCACAUCAAUUAAAUCAGACAUCUGAAGAUCAACAAAACCAUAAGAAUCAUCAACAACAAUCUAAAUCAUCAAAAGAUCAACCUCAGAAACAAAAAAGAAAUAGAUUAUCCCUAAAUUGUCUUAGUUGUAAAAAAAGAAAAAUAAAAUGUGAUAGAAAACAACCUUGUUAUUCUUGUAUAAAAUAUGGUUCAAUAUGUCAAUAUCAACAUAUAACUUGGAAUAAAUCUCAACAACUUGGUGGUGAUCAAUUUUUAGUUGAAAGAUUAAACGCUCCAAUUACUGAUACAACUCCAAAACGUUCUAAAAAUAUUGAAGAUAAUAACAACCAACAACAAGAAGAACCCAAAACGAAAAAGAAAAAAAUUGAUCAUGAACAAGUACUAAAUAAAACUACUCAAAAUCAUGAUAAAGACGAUGUUUAUGCACAAUUAGAUUUUUUGAAAACUAAAUUAAAAGAAUUAGAAACUACUGUGAUAUCGAAAGAUGAGUCUUCAUCACCACCGAAAAAUAUUCAAUUUAUACCUGAAUGUCAUCAAUUCCAACAAUCAAAUUCAACAACACAACCUUUAAACUUAAAUUCAAAUACAAAUACAAUUCCAAAACCUAAACCAAAACCAAAACAAGCUUUUAAUUGGGAAACAUAUUCAUUAAAUUCAUCAAAUCAAACAUUAAUAGGAAUAAAUCCAUAUAAUGAAUCCAAACCUCAAGAAACAAUUAGUUUUUUUAAUGAUUAUUCAUCAAUUUAUAUGCAAGAUGAAAAUAGAAGAUAUAAUCAUGGUCCAUUUACAUGGUUAUCAUUUUUAAAAAAAGAUCCUGCAUUAAAUUUAAGUUGGAAAUUUUUACAACAUUUAAGAUCUGAAAAUAGAAGUAUUUUAAAAAAGACUCCAAGAAAUGUUAAAUUACCUAUUUGUACUCCUUCUUCUCAUGUUCACACUAAAUCAAUUGAAGAGGGAGAAGAAGGGGAGACUGGAGAACAAGGGGAAAAUGAAAAAGAAGGAGUUGAAUUGCAAAGAACCAGAACCAGAAGAAAAUCGGAAAAGGGAUCUAAUAAAACUUCUAUUGCUAAUAGUCCUAUACUGUCAUUACAAGAUCCUAAAAUUGAUGAUGAUUUUAGAGAAAAAGCUAUUGAUAGAGAUGGAUAUAAUGAUUUAAGAUUAUAUGGAAAUAUUAAAACUAAUUUUAAACAACUGGAAUUAAGAGGUGGUAGAAUUGGUGGUAAAGGAAUUAAUGGUAAAAGAAAAGGAAUAAUUUAUGGAGAAUUUAAAAAUAAACGAGGUUUUGUAUCUGAAUCAAAUCUUACUAAUAAGAAUGAUAGUUCAAAAAAAGAAACUAAUAAAGAUGAUGCUGAAACUCCUUCAAAUUGUACGCAACAUCAUGAUAACAACCAUGAUCAUCAUCAUAAACAUGGGGAUAGUGGUAAUGGUCGUCGAAAUCAUCAUCACCAUAAUCACGGAGAAGAUUCCAAACAUUGUUGUUCAAAUUCAAAAGUAAUGUCUUAUGGAAAAGGUAAAAUAGAAGAAGAGUUAAAUCUUAUAGAAAAUUUAAAAAAUUAUUUACCAAAUCAAAAAAUUAUAUGGAUAUCAAUUGAUUUUUUUUUUAAAUAUUUAUAUCCUUAUAUACCAAUAUUAGAUGAAUUUGAAUUUACAAAAGAAAUGGAAAGAUUAAUUGGACCACGAGGAUAUAAAGAAAUUCAAAUUGAAGAUUUAAAUAUUGAAAAAAGAUUAGAUUUUGCAUUUUUGGGAGUUUUAUUUAUAAUUAUUAGAUUUGCUCAUAUUUCUUUAAUUUCAAAUAGAUCAUCAAAUAAUAUUUAUAAUUCAGAAUUUUUUAAAUCUGAAAAUUUAAAAUAUAUUUUAGAAAAUCCACCAGAUUUAAUGAUUAUUGAAAAAGCAAAAUUAUGUUUAAGUCAAUUUGAUUUAUAUAGAAGAACUUCAUUAAUUGUUUUACAAUUAACAUUUAUUAUAAGAUUACAUUCAUUAUUUUCUCCUGAAGAUGGUGAUGGAGCAGAUGGAUCAGAUUCUCAAAUUUAUACUGCAUUAUCUAUUCAGAUGGCUUUAGCUAUAGGAUUAAAUAGAGAUGGAUCAACUAUAAAAUUUGAUGAUAUAAAAGAAGAUUCAAAAUUACAAAAUUUACAUCGUAAAAUUUGGUUUUUUAUGAUUAUAUGUGAUUUAAUCCAAGGUUAUCAAUAUGGUAAUCCAAUGUGUAUAAAUGAAUCAAUGUAUGAUACAAAAUUACCAUAUUUUGAAAAAUCAAAUAAUAAUAUAAAAGAUAUUGAGUUAGAAAAACAUGUUAUUGGAACAUUUGCAUAUUUUGAAAAAUAUCAUUAUAAAUUAGUUGACAUAUUAUCAGCUUGUUUAAAUUUAAAAAAACCAAUUGAAAUAUCAAGAUUAACUGAAAUGAUUACAGAUUUAGAAAUUUUUUUAAAUGAUAAUUAUGGAAUAUUGAAAUUUUUUUUAAUACCUUAUGGAGAAGAUAAUUAUGCUUAUCCAUUUAUAAAAGUAAUGAAAUGUAAAAAUUAUAUAAAUAUGAAAAUGUUUAUGAAUUUAAUUUUUUAUCAUUUGUUUUUAUAUUAUGAAAAACAAGCAAAAAAUAAUAUACCAGAAGCUAAUAAUUUAGCAUUUUUUUAUUUAAAAAAAUUGAUGAAUAUAUUUUACGGUGAAUUUUUUCCAUAUAUUUUUCAAUUAUUAUUUAAUAACAACAAGAAUUUUGGUACUUCAAUAACUGUUGAUUUAAUAUUAAAUCCUUCAAUUCAAUCAAUGUUACAUAAAAUUUCACAAUUUACAUUUGCGAUAUUAAUAAGAUUAAAAUCAACUAUAUAUACAAUGAGAUAUAUAAAUGAAAAACAGCAUCAACAAGGUAUAGUCUUGGGAGUAAAUUUAGAAUAUAAAAAAAAGUACCUUAAGUUAGUUAAAAUUUGUCAAUUCUUGGAAAAAUUUAGUGAAAUUUGUGUUAUGGCAAUGUCAAGAUUAAGUCAAAGAUAUUAUUAUGCUUGGAGAAUUUCAAAAGCUCAUUCAUAUAUAAGAUCAAAUUGUAUAUUAAAUGAUGAAUUCAUGAAAUAUUUUGAACCACAGGAGCUUUAUCAAUUUUUAGAUUGUAAUGAUUCUCAAUUAAAUGAAAUUAUAAAUAUUUGUGAAAUUAAUAUGAAAAAAUUUACAAUUUUUCAAAAACAAAAUUGUAUGUCUAAUAAUUGUAAUGAAAAUGAUGAAUCAAUUAAGAAAAGAGAAUUUGAAAAAAAUGGAAAUGAAAAUAAUGAUAAUGAAAAUGAUGGUGAUGAUUCAAAUAAUCAAGAUAAUUCAAAUCUUUCACCUCCUAAUUUACAUACAAAUGAAACAUCACCAACCACAAAUUCAGAAUUAAGUAAACAUCCAAAAACUCCAACAUCAAUAGAUAUUGAAAAUAAUAAUAAGGUUGAUAUGAACAAUAACACAAAAUUACAAGAAGGUGAUAUAGUUGAAAAUAAUAUAUUAGGAUUUCCACCACAAGAUGCAAUUAUAUCAAAUCCAUUAACAACAGAAUCUUGGUCAUUUUUAGAUGAUUUUAAAUUUAUGAAUUCUGAUGAAAUUGAUAAAUUAUGGAUAAGUAUGAAAUUAAAAUAUGAUAAUAAAUCUUCAAAUAAUAAUAAUAACCCAAACAAUAAUAACCUGGAUCAUACUAAAAUCGAUAAUAAUAAUGUAAAUUUAAAUAAUGAUCAAAUUAAUUUAACAAGACAUAAUAGUGAACCAAAUUAUAUAGGUUCCAAAACAUCACCAAUUUGGUCAAUAAAUUCAUCAAGUACAACUCCAAGUAUUAAUUUACCAAUAAAUCAUCAAGAUCAUCAACAACAGCAAGCACAACAACAAACUCAUCAACAACAACAACAACCAUCAUUAUCAAAUUUUAAUUCUCCAAUAUCAAUUCAAAAUUUAUUAAGUAAUAAGAUCCAAACACCUCAAUUACAAACCAAUCAUCAAAUGAAUUCAAAUUUUCAAAAUUUACAAACUUCAAAUUCUCAACCACAACAACAUGCAAAUCAAAUUAAUCAACAAUCACAACAACAACAACAACAACAAUUAGAUAAUAAUUUUAUUGAUGUUGAAGCAUUAAAAGAAUUUGAUUUAUUUGAUAGUUUACCAUUAGAAGAAAUGUUAGGAAUUAUAAACAAUGAUUAA